AUGAAUGAAGGAAUUUAUCUUAACAAAGACUCGCUGGCCAGCUGUAUUCUGAUUGGCAUCUUUAUGUUGGUUGGUAUAAUAGGCAAUACGUUGAUGUUAAGGUCAUUAAUAAAAUACAAACAGCUUCGUAUUGAUAUUUAUGUAGUGUUUGGCGGGUUGGCAUUGGCAGAUAUCAUUAAUUUGGCUUUUGCUGGGCCUUCUAGAAUUAUAUACACUAUUCAAGCAACUGACGUGACGACAAAUGCUUGGUGUAAAAUAAGCCAGUAUUUGUCGAGUUCGACUGGUUAUGUGGCUUCCUAUCAUAUUGUGAUUUUAUCCGUAUUGCGUGGAAUAGUGUUAACAAACCGUGGACAUCCACCACCGACACCAAAGCAUGCAUUUAUAAGCAGUUCAGUUUGUUGGACGAUAGCCUCUCUUGCAUCUAUACCAUUUUUCUUUAUCUAUGAAAAAGACCCUAAGUAUACCGUGUGUACUUAUACCGAUUCAACUAGUCUUAGUACCACAUUGUGGCUGGAAGCUGGUUUUAUUCUCUUCCUACCACUAAUGUUUAUUUUGUGUCUUUAUGGGAUUACUUACUCUGUUGGUAAGCGGUACUUUGCAGACAGUUAUUCAGGACAUGCACGAAGAACAUCAAGGCUUAUCAAUGCAAUUGUAAUUUCUUUUGUGGUUUGCCAGCUUCCCUACCAAGUGUUAAGUAUCCACUUAUUUUACGUUCACAAGGGAAUGGCGGAACGAGCAUAUAAUAUUCAAGAUGAAGAUUAUCUUCAUACUUUAUUCACUGUAUCGGACUAUAUGUAUUGUAUGGUAUUAUUAGGAAAGUGUUUAAGACCAGUGUUAUAUUCUAAGUUAGCUGAUGAUUUAGGUGAGAGUUUUGACGAGGUAAUAAACUGUACAAUUUGUGGUAAAUAUUAUCAUACCGGUGCUGCAGUGAAACGUACUAGAACCAGAACCCGGAAUGCGAGUUCGAACUCCCAGGCUCCAUUAACUAGUCGUGAACAACCAACAGAAGAAAUUGACUUACAAUGCGAGGCAAUUUAAUACUGGCUUUUUUGGACGUUUGCGGGCAUUAACAUGUUGUGCUUGUGGACCUAGACAUGGCAAUUGUCAAAUAUGUGCCAUAAACGUUGCUGUUAUGAGCUACUUUAUUUCAUUGUGUUCAAUCUUAUAUCCCAACUUUCUUAUAUUCAAAAAAUAAAAGCUUUAAUACAAGGCUUGGAAUUAUAUAUUUAUACGAAACGUGAAAUUGCCUUAUGAUCUUCCAUCUUUGGUCUUAUUCUCAAGGACUAUUAUGCGUGUCUUAUAUGAUAAUUUAACUCACACAAGUUUUUAUACCGAUUCUUCAAAAAAAGUAUGAUUCUAUUUAGUGUUUAUGGAUGCAUUGUCAAUCUGUUUUUUACACUGCACCUGUGAACGAGAUCAACGUCACCAACUCGAGGAAGUUAGUGUUAACGUAAACCGUUUAUUAUGACGCCUUAAAAGUUGAUUUGCUCAAUAUAUAUUUUCAUUUGGUACUUG